AUGUUUCAAGGGCAGCGGGGUUGGUUCUGCCGCAGCGUCAGCGGCCAUCUGAGGCAGUUCUGGGAGGCCGAAGGGGGGAAGAUCAGUGACCCGAGGGCUGCGGAUUUCCUGUUCAGCUGUGAUGCGUCACACCCAGACACGCUGAGAAUAUAUCAGAGCCUUGAUUACAUAGAAGAUAAUGCUACAGUUUUUCACGCCUAUUAUCUCUCUGCAGUAGCUAAUGCUGAAAUUAAAAACUCCGUGGCUUUAGGUCAUUUCAUUCUUCCUCCUGCAUGCCUGCAAAAAGAAAUAAGAAGGAAAAUCGGUGCCUUUAUCUGGGAACAAGAUCAACAUUUUCUGAUAGAAGAGCAUGAAGUAACAUCAAGUAAAACAAAGACCCUUAGGGAAAGCAGUGAACUAGCAAACGAUCACAAAAAAGCAUUAUGCAAAAGCACAGAAGAACAUUUUGAAAGGACUCCAGUUGUAGAAAAGCAAAUGUACUUCCCUCUUCAGAAUUAUCCAGUGAACAACAUGGUAACAGGUUAUUUAUCAAUUGAUGCCUUGAAGAAAUUUGUUGGGGAAAUACAUGACUUCAUUCCUGGAAGCUCAGGAUAUCUGGCAUACCAUGUUCAAAAUGAAAUUAACAUGUCUGCUAUAAAAAGCAAAUUGAAGAGGAAAUGUUAA